GAAAAUAUAGAAAAAAUGUCUCGAUGUUUAUUUUUUGCUUGCUUAACCACAUGUAUGUUUAUGUGGGUCACCAGCAAUGGUUUAAACAUGGUGAUACAAAAUAACCGGCGAGAUUGUGUAUAUGUACCCAAAGAAAAAGAUGAAAUGAUCGUUAUAAUUGCCCAGAUGUUGUCUUCGGAAAAGAAAUUUGAUUUAACCAUACUUAAUCCCGAUGGCUCGCUAGUGUUGGCUAAGAAAGAUAUUUCGGAGUAUAAAGUCCAGGAAAAAGUACCAACCGCAGGAAAUUAUGGUUUUUGUUUCACAAAUCACUAUCGAAGUUCAAUCGUGGUAGGCUUUGAGUAUGACCACUUUGAGAGCAGCCCUGAAGCGAAGUUUGAUAAGAAAUUAAAAAACGAGAAACGUCAGUUCUUUAUGUCUGUCUCGAAAAAGUACGUGAAGAUGAUGAAGAACGAAAACGAUUCGGUGACUUUACAUGAAGAAUUACUUCUCGAUAAAAUGAGAGAGACAAGAGAAGAAAAUGGAAUGACUCAAGGAACCUAUGAUCAAGUUAAGCAUUCAAUACUGUUCUUAUCAAUACUAGUCGAGCGAAUGAAAAGUUAUCUGGAGAUUCAAAAAAGAACAAUGAGACAUCACUUCAACUUGCAAGACUCUAACAAAAACUACAUCACAUAUUUCUCACUCCUUAUAUGUUUCCUUAUGUUAUUGUCAGGAUGUGUCCAAGUUAUCGUGCUGAAAGGAUUUUUUAACGGAAAAGUAUCGUUUAAAGUUUGGGAAUUCUAGAUCUUGUUAGUCAAAAUUUCGUGUUGUAAAUGUUUGGUUUCUUUGGAUAAUAAGAAAUAAUUUGACGACUACAA